GUUUGGUUAAACUGCAUCCGGUUAGCCUGCGAGACUAUAUACAGGGGACACAACCAGAGCGUGCCUGGAUGUAAUGCCGAGAGUCGGACAUGAAGAGGAGGUGCGGACUCUAGAGGAGUGUCAGUACAGCUAUCCAACUAAAACCAGGUCUGAUCUCCAGAAGGUUCGCUCUCAGUUCUCAGAUCUUCGUCUCUAUGUGGAUUUUUACUGUUUUCCAACCAAAAAGAAGAAGCUGGUGUAUUUGUCUGGGACUGUUCCUGUUCACUAUGAAGGAAGUGAGUAUAAUAUCCCAGUGUGCAUCUGGCUUCAUGAGACCCACCCGGUGUCCAGACCUCGCUGUUUCAUCUGUCCCUCCGUCUCCAUGGUGAUCAACCCGUCCUGUUCCUGCGUGGACACCUCUGGCAAUGUCCUGCUGGACGGACUGACCAACUGGACUCACGGCGUGUCCAACCUGUCAAUGCUUGUGUCAGAGAUGAGGCGGGCCUUUCAGAGGGACACGCCCCUGUAUGCCAGGUCUCCUGUACAAGCCACGCCCCCUGCAAGUGUGCAGGUGUCUGCCCAAAGCAUCCAUCAUCCCACCUCCUCUCCGCAGAGCCAUUAUGUCUCCCUGACCUCGCCCCACCUGUCUGGACGGAAAGCGAGCCAAUGGGAGCAGGGCAGGGAGGUGAGGGUGAGAAGGUCGUACACUGAGGAGCUGCUGGGGAUCGACUUCAGUGCACCUCCUCCUUCAUCGUCCUCCUCCAACAACCCUUUCCUGGGCUCCUCUUCCUCAGGUGUUGCCCCUGCAGACCCUCUCAGCAGGAGGAUGGGUGCUCUGAGGCUGGAUGGAGAGUCCAGCAGAGACCAGCAGUGUGAGUCACCUGUUCAGAUGGUCCAAUUAGAAGCAGACAGAAACACGACACGUUCUGUGGUUCCUGAUUCUGGACCAGCUGCUGGAGUGGACAUCAUGAAGAUGGCGGCUCGUCUUCCUCCAGACCAGGCGACCACCUUCCUGUCUCUGGUCACCUUAGAGGGGCGGAGCUUCAGCCCCACGGAUGUCAUGGAGGCGGUCCAACUCAGCAGAGAUCUCCCAUCAGCUCUCAGGUUCCUGACUCACAGCUGCCCCAUCUGUCAGGAGCAGGUGUCCUUCAGCAAGAUCAUCACCAUGACUCACUGCUCGUGCUUCUUGUGUCAGACGUGUUUUAAGACGUUUUUCUUGUCGGCCAUUAAAGAGAAGAGCGUUGAUCAGCUGGUUUGUCCUCAGUGUGGCCGACCGGAGGUCAGAGGUCAGGGAAGAAUGGAAUACUUCAACCUGCUGGACACACAGAUCCGUCACUUCCUGCCUCCUCAGAUCCAUGAACUCUUUCAGAGGAAGCUCAGAGAUCGAGCUCUGCAGGACAUGCCGAACUUCUGCUGGUGUGCUCAUUGUUCCUUCGGCAUGCUUCAUGAAGCUGACAGGUUGAGGAUGGACUGUCCCAGCUGUAAGAAGAGUACCUGCUGUCAGUGCAGAUCUCCUUGGUCCCCUCAACAUCAGGGACUCUCCUGUCACCAGUUCAGAACCUGGCAGCAGCAGAACCAUCUGGAUCACCAGACCAGCAUCCUGCUCAGCCACAACAGCAUCGAGUGUCCAAACUGUCAGAGUGUCUUCAGUCUCUCCAGAGGAGGCUGUCUUCACUUCACCUGCACUCAGUGUCGGCAUCAGUUCUGUGGAGGCUGCAGUCGGCCCUUCACGCCCGGAUCGGCCUGUAGUUUCUCUGCCGACUGUGGAACCAAAGGUCUUCACGCCCACCACCCCAGAGACUGCCUUUACCACCUGAGAGACUGGAGCGUGCCCCGUCUGCACCUGCUGCUACAGUAUUACAGAGUAUCUCUCACCUGGUUGGAACCAGCCAAUGGCAGCUCACCUGACUCCAGUCAUACAGGAAUGUGUUUGGUUUUGGAGCAGAGAGACGACGGCAGCAGAGGGGAAGAGACUUGUGGACGACCUGCUCUACAUGAAUACAAGAGAUACUGCCAGUGUACCGGCAGGUUGCACUAUAAGGAGCGCCUUGUGGAGCUGAUCAAGCGCUGCGGUGCCGACCCGGCGGUCCUCUUCAACCCGGCAGAGAUGAUAGCAGAGCUGCAGCGCUGGCACGUCGCCAUUCCGACCAAGAAACCAGAAGAACCAGAACCGCUAUACACACACCGCCUCUGCCUGACUCUGACCAAUAGCGUUCCUCUCAGGAAGCAGUGACAACCUCCGACAUCUUCUGUGACUCCUGGAGCUCCGCCUUCUCGCCUGCUGCCGAGUGACUGACUUCACCCAUUCAUAACUUCGGCCAAUUAGAUGUCAGCUUUGCCCUCCUGUCUGAACCCGGCGUUACUAAGCAACCAAAACCAUGUGUAAGGACAUAAGAACCGUGGGGGUCUUUAUGUUGUAUAGUUGUGAUAUGAACAGUUUCACCAUGGAGUUAGUGCUUCAAUACUUUCACAAUAUAAUUAAUAUCUUAAGGAGUGACACUGUGAGACCUGGGAUGGGCGUUGAACCCACAACCUUCUUCUACUUUAACUGUUGUGAAUAUAUUUAUUAAAUAAAUAAGCUCUUAAUAUACUUCAGAUUCUCUUCUCUUCACAGGUUCAGUGUAUAGAUGACGUUACAGCUAUAGUAAAGUUGCAUAACCUUAAACUGAGAAAUCACUUUUUUUCAGAAGAAAAGCUCUAAAAACUAUAAAAAUGAAUGGUCUACUCUACACUAUAGAUUGUAUUACCGGAUUAUGAUAUACUGAAAAUAGAGAAAUUGCUUUCAUAAUGAUCAUGUUCUCUAACUGUUGGAAUUGUAACAUCAACCAAUCAACACGCACUGCAGACGUGUUUGUCAAGGAGCGUUGGGUCCCGUGACCCCUCAACAGACCUGCCAGGGUAAAGAGCUGGUCCAUGAAUAGUACGUCAUGAAUAGUAUGAUUUUACAUUGUCACACUGAAUGUCUUCUUGUCGUCCCAAAGUGACAGAUCUAAGAUGUAACAAGAGUUUUAAAAAAAACUUGGUUCGUGGUUGUUUUCAUGACAAACUUUAUUUCUCACAAGCUUAACAAAGUGAACAUCUGUCUCACAUAUAAACUCUGUUGUUGGAGCCGCAAUGGGUUUGUGUUAGACUGGAGGUGGUGCAGCGUCGUCUCUGGGUGGACUGAAGCUGUCGAUCUCUUUGACGAUCCUCUCAGCAAUGGUUUUGCUGUUGGCAGCAACCACUCUUCUGGACAUCAGGUCCACUGCUCCUCCUAAACACAAUGCGUUAAUGACAAACUCAGCCAUUGAAAUCAGCAGCAGUGAAAUUCUCUCCGAGUAACUUUACCCUCCACGUCCAUGAGGACUCCUCCAGCCUCUGAGACCACCAGGGAGCCUGCAGCAAUGUCCCACACAUGGAUCCCGAUCUCAUAAUAUGCCUCAACGCAACCAGAUGCCACAUGACACAUGUUGAUGGCUGCAGUUCCUGCACCACGCACCCUGGAAACAUGCAUCUAGUUAAAAAUGUACUGCAAAUGACGAUAUCGGUAACAUUACUGCAGUAUCCCUAGUAUUACCCGUGAACAGGGAUGCAGAGAAUACUCCUCAGGCUCGAGAAGAUUUUCUCUACAGCUUCAGGGUCUCUGCUGGAUCCAAACUCUGUGGUGAUGAUGGACUGUUUAAUAUCUGACAGUGAAACAGAAACAGGUCAGAUUGGGGCUUCUGAUUGGAUCAGCGCAGCAUGACAUCACAUUCUGUUCCUGUACUAUAAUAAUACUGGAUACAUCUCGUAAUGAGGAGAGAUGAGUUUCACAGAGUAAUAAACAAGAAAAGGUAUAAUUACACUAACCAUCGGUUACUGCAGAGAUGUUAAACAUGUUGAUUUAAACAAAAGCCUUCAUGAUUUCAGUUGUUGCCUUUGAUUAAUGUCUUUGGAUUAAAUGCGAUUUGCAGA